UUCAGCGCGCUGCUCUGUGCCAUAGUGGCGGCAGCUCUGGAUUUUCACACCCCGCCGAGGGAAACGCUCAGCCCGGGCCUGGAGUCCGUGUGGCCCCACGUCAUCGCCUGUCUUCGCUGGUUGGCAGUGGAGGGUGUACACCGGGGGUUUGGGUGGAGUUGGUACCCGAAGUGGGGAAUGUGACGCACCGACGGGAAGGAGACGCACAUCGGCGGUUUCACCGGGGGAAAGCGAGAAGACAGGAGACAAGUUCUGCAACUAAUUUGGGAGGUUUGAAUUCCUCCUCCCUUGCCUCCCCUCACCUGAGCCCUGACCUCUGACCCCACUCCUCUCUCCAACCAUGCCAAACCGAUCUCAGAGUUCAUCAGUUGGUGAUAACCCCCUCGACCCAAACUACCUGCCCCCACAUUACCGUGAGGAGUACCGCCUGGCCAUUGAUGCUCUGAUAGAAAAUGACAUACAGGGAUACUAUGAGUUCCUCCAGACUGCAGAUGUGGUCGGUUUCCUGGCACAGUCGGAAAUUGAAUUCAUCAAGUCCACACUCCAGACGCCCAACCCGACCUCCAGCGUCCCAGAGCUUACGUACCAUGACGGGGGUCAUGACGCUGAUGGCUCCUCAGACACCUACUGGCCGGUACAGUCGGACUUGGCUGCCCCCGGGCUGGACCUGGGCUGGCCAAUGCAACAGCAUAGCUUCAUGGGGCCCACAGAGGUCACCACUCUAGUCAACCCAUCAGACCCAGACAUGCCAAGUAUCAAGGAGCAGGCCAGGAGACUCAUCAAGAAUGCACGCCAAGUUCUUGCCGUGGUGAUGGACACAUUCACAGAUGUGGACAUUUUUGCUGACCUCUUGGAUGCAGCAGCACGCCACGUUCCUGUUUACAUUCUACUGGAUGAGCAGGAAGCCCCUCACUUUGUCUCUAUGGUCUUCAACUGCAAAGUCAACUUGGACCUACAUCCUAUGGUGCGUGUCAGGACUGUGCCAGGAAUAACCUAUUAUUCCCGGACGGGGAAAUCGUUUAAGGGGCAGGUGAAAGAUCGUUUACUACUGGCUGACUGCAGAGCUGUACUCAGUGGCAACUACAGUUUCAUGUGGUCCUACGAGAAGAUCCACCGCUGCAUUGCCCAUCUCUUCCUCGGGGAGCUGGUCGCCACCUUUGAUGAAGAGUUUCGCAUUCUCUUUGCUCAGUCAGAACCUCUAGUCAUUGGCCCAUCCGAUGGAGCCCUUGCUCUCUCUGACACCAGCAGCACCAGCAGUUUCUUAGGCAACCAGUUUGGUUUGAAGAGGACCCAGUCUUUGCGCAACCCCAUAGGUUUCCGCAGACAGCCUGAGAUUCCCUCUGCCUUCCCCUAUGGAGACUCUGAUCGUAACCCUGCACUUCCUUUCCGAAGGGCUGAUCCAUUUCGUCACACCAUUGAACCUGGCGCAGGAAUCACGAUUGGAAAGUAUUCCCAGCAACAGUUUCGUCUGCAGCAGUCAUUUCUGGAGCAGGGAAGGUCUAUAGUUUCCAGGCAGAUGGAGUUGAGUACCACUGCCUUCAAGAGGCACAGCUACGCAGAGGGAACCCAGGAAAACUACACAUCUUCGAGGCACUUCAUGAAGCACAGAGUCAUGAAUAAUCUAGACGAGACAGACUUCCACAGGGAGCACACCCAAAGUAGCCAUUACUUAACUGAAGGGCCUGGGUCGGGCUCUGGCCACGGACACUACGACAGACUUCGAGGUCUUCGUCCACAACUCUCCAUCGACCAGUAUUCAGAUUCAAGCUUUCGCUCAGAUCUGGAGCCUCCACCUGCAAACUAUGGGCGAGACUACUUUUCAUCUGAGGACUUAAGAGCACCUGAGGGACACCAGGCACAUCCAUUAGCUGGGAGGUAUGGAGGAGGUUCUGGCAGUAAAAGGCCAACCAUAGGUCAGGCGUAUGCCUGUCAGAGCUCACCCACACAGCUCCACCCACCAGAGAAGAAACCAUUUGGCAAACAGUCUCAUCAAGAGCAGGAGCAAGAUGCGGAUGCUAGGCAAGGCCUGAGGAGUUGGAGAAUCAACUCCUAUCUUAGCACUUAUGAAGAAGGUGGAGAUGAAGGUCUGACUCAACCUAUGGGGCCUGAUGCGUUUGAAGAUCCUCCAUCAUCUCAGCAGCCAACUGCCACUGAAAAUUCAGCUCCCCGCUUUGGAAUAAAGGAGCAACUGAAUGUUCCCCCCAAAUCCAGACCAGAUUUUGUAAGACCCCGCUUUGGAAAGCCCACCUUACCUGAGAGCAACAGUAAAGACUCUGCCCUAACAACAAGCAAGGAUUUGCUUCCAUCACACAGUGACCUAAAGUCAUUUGUACAAGAGAAAAAAGGGAGGGAAGCUGAAAGGGAGAGGGAGCCAGAAAUGGGUGCAGCAAGAGAAGUGGGUGUGGAUGUGGAGGUGAAAGAGGCUCCAGAUAGCUUCCUGACCAAACAUGAAUCAUUCCGCACACGUGUUAACCCACUCCUUCAACGUAGCUCUCGUCUGCGUUCCUCACUUAUAUUCUCGUCUUCUAAGGCAGAGAUGCACAGUGGUAGCCUUGGCUUAAAACCAGCCACAGAGGUGGAUGAAGAGUUAGACUCAGUACGCACUUCCUCGAUUGUGGCCCAGAUCCUAGAGAAGAGAAGGUCACUGUCUCGUGAGCCUUUUGAGUGGAGAAAGAGGGCUGAGGAAAAAGAUAAGGAGAAAGAAAAGGAGAGGGAGAGAGAAAGAGUGGAGAAAGAAAGGGCGGAGAAAGAAAGGGCGGAGAAAGAAAUGGCAGAGAAAGAGAGAGCUGAAAAAGAGAGGGCAGAGAAGGAGAGGGCAGAGAAAGAAAGGGCAGAGAGAGAAAUGGCCGAAAAAGAAAAAGAGAGGGAGAAAGCGCAACAGCAAGAGGAAAAUGAGAUUCGAUUGAAAAAUGAGGUUAAAUCAAAAGUGGAACCUCAGAAAACCAAUGAAGAUUUAAGGAGGACACCAACUCUUGAGAAGUCUGAAUACACAACAUCAUUAUCUACGAACAUGAAUGACCCAGCCAGUCGACUACAAUAUUUCAAAGACCUGGCUGCUAAGAGAAAAGCCUCAAAAAUGGAGACUGAGUCAUCGCUAAAAAUCCCAGAGCCUGCUGAAAAAAAGCCAGACCUUUCUGAAAAACCUCCCAUAAAAACUGCAAUGACUCCAAAGAUCCCUGCUGUCUCCGUUACUCCGGCAGAACCUGAACUAAAGAAGACCGACAUAUCUGCAAAACUAGCUGAGCUCAGUCGCAGAUCUUCAUUUAGUUCCUCAAAACCACCCAUGAUGGCCACCAGACCUGUGAGCCACCUGAAGCCUUCAGAGACAACUCAACCUCAUAAAGAGGAAAAUGCAUCAGAGGGUCAAAAGAAGGAUAUAUUUAAGUCCCUAAAACCUCUUCCUUCACCUAAGCUCUUCAAGAGGGAUCCGUUGAAGCUGAAAGGACUGAAUCCUCGUCGCAUCUCCUGUGGUGAAGAGAUUCUUACCACAGACGCUACAGACGCAGAGAAGAGUGAACUGAGAAAGAGUCGCUCUCAUAGUUCUUCAACUCUGCCACGUGAUGAGUCCAGAGUAAUGGGAUCUAAUACAUCCAUCAACACACUUGGUGAGGGGAAGGGUGAAGGUAAGACACUCGACUUCUUGAAGAAGCAGACUCAGAGGCUAAAGGGAUUCCUAGGGCCCAAGGAUAAGGAGAAGAAAUCUUCAGGAGACGAUAGGGGCAUGAGCACGGUCAGAGAGGUCACUGCAGAUUCAAGCAAAAAGCAGAGUUCAUCAGCUAAAGAUAAAGGACCUACCACAACCGACCAAACUACAGCUAAUCACAAGACAUCAACCAUGACAUCAGGCCCAUCUCGAUACCAGGCUCCAGGCAGCUCUGUUCUGUUCAGCAGCAACCUACGUGAUGAUACCAAAGUCAUUCUAGGGCAGAUCUCAGCCAACAGCCAGAAGAAUCGACUGGAGCAAGAAGAAACAGGAGGGGACAGAGACAGUGACAGCGGGGAGAAGGGGCUGGAGAGACAAAACUCCUUGAAAAAGAACAGAUUUCUCCGACCAACAGGCAACGUCCAGGAGCGCGAAGGACUGCUGAAGAGGAUAGAGAGUUUGAGGAAGGAGAAGAAGGUCUACAGCCGCUUUGAGAUGGGGAAUAGCCUGGGAUAACGAAAGAUGGAGGAGCCACCUUUUAUAUGGAAACUAUUUAUGCAAGAUGAUCAAAAAGACCCAUUGCCCAUAUGUGCCAACGACACUAUCAAAGUACCUCUGUGGCUCAACACUGCAGCAUUUCCUGGAUUUUCACUCAAAGUCAUAAAACUUGAAAAGACUAUAUAUACAAAUGCUGAAAACAAACUUAAGCCAUUGGGUUUGGAAUGUGCCUGUGUGCCAAGACCUGGUACUACUUUGACCUUAUAUGGUGACUGAGAGACUCUGCUUGCGUACUGGCUGCAUGGGCUAAUGUUUCACCUAAAAGAAAAAGGUGGGGCAAUUUACCUUUAACUGAACUUGUAUGAACGUGACCGAGGGAAUCAGAGAGGAUAAGAGAGAGACAGUACACAGUCUACUUGAGGGAUGGAAAACAGAUCCAUGCCAGUCAAAGAACAUGGCGGUAUAUGACUGUGUACAAUACCAGUGUUUCUGUAAGUGUCUGUGUAGCUGGGACUUGUUUGAAACUAGGUGGGAGAAAGUGUCCUUGUGGGUUAACCAUGUGCCAAAGGCCCAUCAAGAGCAUCAUCAAAGUUAGAACUAUUAAUAAUCCAUUAAUCCAGAAAGCAGAGAUGAGAAAAUGAAGAGGAAUAGAAUGAGAAGAAUUGAUGAAGGGUGAAAAUGUAAUGGCAAAUAUGUGAGACUAUCAAGAAUGUAGAGUGAGAUCAGAAUGUGAGAAAAUGUGUUUAUAAUGUCUGACUCUAAUUUUGAGGCAGAGCUUUGAUAGAAAGUAGCGCCUGCAGUAAACUUUACCCGAGUGUUUGGUACCUUUCUAAAAAGGCAUGGACCCACUUCUCAGGGUUGAAGAUGUCAAGUAACCAUUAAGAGAGGGGGCCUGCAUGGUUUUGAGGUUUGAGGAGUGGGGUGAAAAAUGUUAGUGUAGUAGGCUUUUUUUUUUCUUUUUUAGGCUUAUAGCCCUAUCUUUCCAGGCCUUCUGUAGGACACCGUUACAUCAGAAAGUAACAUAAAAGUAUGUUUCAGUGUGUAAUACAGAAGCCAGAAUGGACCGAUAAAAUAAAUGUAAGUAUAGGUGUGAACAUAGAAAAAAACUUAAACAGAAAAAAGGGACAAACUGAACUCCGCAUAUGAACCAGAAUGUUGGGGUGUGUCUUCAUGAUACUCAUCAGUUUACAGACAAGGAUAAAUAAAAUCAAUUAAAAAUAAAACAACUCAGAAGGACGUAAAUUCACCUCAAAUGAACAGGUUGGAUGUACACCAUCCAAUUUUCUCAUCUUUUGAAAAACUUGCCCUGUUGCAGUCUAAUAGAAAAAGUAUUCCUUUCCAUCCUAAAUAUUUCAUAUAUAACGUCAAUCCAAUCAUACGCUGUUGGUUUUGCUGACUUUAGCCACUUUCUGGUAAUGGCUUUCCUGCUAGCAGCACUUAGAAUCCUUAAUAGGUGUCUCUCAUGAGAGGUAACAUUGUCCAAUGGCAAGGUGCCCAGUCUCUAUUUUAAAUGGUCAGUCCACCUGGAAUACCUUUUGCAAAACUGUAUGAACCUCCACCAUAAUAUGUGAUGAUGGUUGGCAUCAGAGCACCCACAUUGUCUCCAACAGUUUUUGUUUAUGUACAGGGAGUUACAUUUUGUUAGCUGCAGCCCCCUAUAAAGUCUUGAGAUGGUUUUUUGAUUUGAGUUCAAAAGGUAAGCGUCAUCAGUUGGUCAAUAUGGUGCCGAACUUGAAGAAAUCUAUAGAAAUCACUAUUGUUCAUAUUGUUCUAGUAGUGAGAAUAAAUGUAUAUAAGUGAGCGCUCCAGAUCGGAUAAAUAUACUAAUAUGUCAUCUGCAAAUAAGGAAAUCUUCUGUUCUCCCUUCAUAUAUAUCCGUUUAAUAUUUCUGCUCUGGCUGGUCCACUGGCUCAAGGGUUCAAUAAAAAUCGCUAAAAGGAGUGGACUAAUUGGGCAGCCUUGCCUUGUACCUCAUUCUGAGUUAAAGGAAUUGAACACUGCUCCAUUUAUCUUAAUCCUUGCCCUUGGUUUAUCAUAAAGUGCUUGUAUAGUUUUAAUAAAAGUACUAUGAAACCCAAAUGUUAGUGUACUAGGUUUAGUCUAAUGUAAUGUAAAUAAAAAUGUAAGGCAUUUACAGUUGCCAUUAAUUAAUGUCAAAAAUAGACUUGAAAUGUGCCCCUGUUUCUAUGUCCUUUGACUUAAAUUAUAAAUGAAAAGAAGAUAAAAAGGAUAGCUACUUUUUGCAGUACUGGAGCUGGGACAAGUCAAAUGACUUCUGAGACCUACGCCCUACACAAGACUGCUAAUCCCUUUGCUGGUCUGUAAACACUUGUAAACCAAAGAUGUAGUUACAUGGAACAAUUCCCAGGUUGCUUAAGAGCUUGACUGGGCAUCAAACCAUUUAAAGUUUUUUCUUCUCUUUUUUUUCUUUUACAGAUCAUCACAGAUUUGGAGGUUCUAUUACUAUAUGGACACUUCAGGGGUUACACUGUUUUCUGUACUGGAUUAUAUUGUACAUAUUUAUAUAAAAAAGGGGCUAAAUAACAAAUUAGAUAAUGACCACCCUCACUGUACUAUUAAAGUGCCUUCUGUUUAGCUUUCAGAAAUAUGCAAGUGUGUGGUCCUGGCUGUAAAAACUAAUUGGCAUUAAUUAGGGGGAAAUCAGUUGCACAGGGUCAAUGUGUUUUUUAAAAAAACCUCAGAGAGUAUUACAUUGUUUUUGAAAUACUGCAAUAAAAGUCUUUUAUGAAAUCUUAAA